UGGGGUUUCCCUGGGAAAUUUGGACAAAACUUGUACAUCAUCUCCUAUGCAGGAUAUGAUUCAACCGACCAUUAUCACAGACCCCACUCAACUGGACACCAGUUUUGCUGACGUGGCGGGGAUGGAGGAAGCAAAGAACGAAGUGGUUGAGUUCGUGGACUACCUCAAGUACCCACAACGCUACUCAGAGCUGGGAGCACGGACACCCAAGGGGGCACUAUUGUACGGCCCCCCGGGACUGGAAAGACUCUACUAGCACGUGCACUAGCGGCCGAGGCGUGUGUUCCCUUCCUCUCCAUCGCUGGGUCGGACUUUGUGGAGGUGUACGCAGGCACUGGGGCAGCAAGGGUUCGUGACCUCUUCAGCCAGUCAAGGAAACAUGCACCGUGCAUCAUGUACAUUGAUGAGAUUGAUGCUGUAGGGAAAACCAGAAGAACACAGCGCUGCUGCCAAUGUGUUGGCUGGUAUUGUGACAUCAUAUACGCCUAAGGGGAUGCCUGGAUAGAACACUCAGACGACACGACAUUGCAUUUCUGCCUAUAAGAAAAUUGUAUCCUAAUGAUGGGAGAGUUUGUAUAAGUCAGUGAUUUCAAUAGCUGCAACAACCAGGUACCGUCUUGUAUCUAUGCAGUGUUCACAAACCACACAUUUUUCAAGUACAAAAUCCUAACGAGACAAGUUAGCUUUACUGAUUGGCAAUUCAUGCAUGGGAAAUAAUAGCUAUAUUCUUUGUAUCAUUCAUGUCACAUUGGAUGGUGUUUCUCUUUGAACCUUUCAUACAUCACUGUUACAUAGAAACUCACAAUGUAAAAGUGUCUUCCAAUUGUGAGGCAUUCAUUUCCUAGACAACAGGAAGUAUACAGAACUUGUGGUUUGUUUAGCAAACAAUGUUACCACAGAGUCUGUCAUAACUACCAAAAGAAUGCAGGAUGUACGUCUGCACAGAUAACAUUCCCAGGAAGGUACAUGUAGUGUCACUAGCAGCCAUUGCACCGAAGUGGCUUCUUGGAGGUAUACUGUGUGGUAUAAAACAGAGGUAACCAGUUGCCAUGCCUCAUUCUCAAGCUGUUUACAAACAUAUUACACCAGUGAAAGAACUCAAGUGUUCAAGAAUCUGCAACAACUGAUUGGAGAAAGCUAUUAUAGAAGAGAUGAUCCCUAAAGCAAUUCUUUCUGCAACACUGUUGCUCUUCGUGAUGUCACACCAAAGUCAAGGUAUCCAAGUGGGAUUCGGUGAACUGGACUACAGUGAGGUGGAGGGAUCAGGAGGCGUGAAUGUGGUCAUUCAGAAGCAAAACGAAAAUUUUGGCCCUCUGUCUUUCAUUCUCAGAACUCUGCCAUUCAGCAAAGUUACUCAACGACCAGGAGAUAUUGUCCUACCCAAUCCAGCAGAACAAGGAGAGAAUGGUCGAAGGGAUUUUGUUGAAACAGAAAAAACGAUUAUAAUUCCACCAUCAGCUGGAGCAAUGGACCAAACCGUCUUCCUGGAGUUUAUUAAUGACGAUAUUAACGAAGCUCCUGAAGGAUUCUUUGCCGUGCUUGAGUUUAACGUAUCAGCGGAGCAUGAUCAGAGAGACUUGGAUGACGGUAUCAUCCUUAUCAGACAGGGAGUGGCACUGAUUGUCAUACAAGAUGAUGAUGAUAUCCAGCUGGCGUUUGAAAAGGCCAGCUUCACUGUCCCUGAGCAAGAUAGUGAUAAAAAUGAUCUUGUAUCUAUCGUGAAAGUAGAUGGUCGAAUUACUGAGCAAGAGUUGUCGGUCGUUGUACAGCUGACACCUGCAUCGGGCGGAGAUGGGUUGGCAGAAAAUGGAAAGGACUUUCAAAUAACUGAAUUAAAGACUCUGACCUUAUCUCCUGAGCAGCAGAGUGUGCUUGUGCCAUUCUCUGUCAUCGAUGACGGCAUAGCUGAACUCGCAGAGACAUUCAAUAUAUUUCUUGCCGUACCAGAAGACACUACAGUUUACACGUUGAGUACGCCGGACAGUGCUACAAUAACUAUCAAAGAUGAUGAAGAUGUACGGGUGGGCUUCGUGACCACAGUGGUAACCGGGUCAGAAUCAGAGCCAGAGCUGGAUGUUUGUUUGAGUAUCAGCAAUGCUUUUGAACUGUUUCUUGUCGGGAGGAUCGUAGUGGAAGGAAACACUGCCACAGAGUUCGUGGAUUUCAACGGACUAUUUGGAAAUUCUGAGGUUUUCCUAGACAAUAAUUCCCCGGAGCAGUGCUUUACCUUUAGCAUUAUUGAUGACUCUGUGUUUGAGGGAAACGAGAGUUUCACCAUCACAGUGGUAUUUCCUCCGGAGGAUAAUGAAGGGCUCGACAUUGAUGUGGAUCCUUCUGUCAUCACUGUGGUCAUUAUCGACGACGAAACACCACCCAGAGAUCCGUGUGAUGAUUGCUCACCAAAUGCUGACUGCAUUGUCUCGGAUAACGAAGGGUUGUCGCAAUGCAUUUGCAGGUCCGGAUACAGGGGAGAUGGAAAGGAGUGCGAGAACAUUAACGAGUGCCUGGAAGGGACUGACAACUGCGAUAUCAAUGCUGAUUGUACUGAUACUGAAGGCAGCUACACAUGUGCUUGCAAAGCAGGCUACGAGGGGAAUGGAUUCAUAUGUCGAGACAUUGAUGAGUGCAGACUAGGAACACACAACUGUGACGUGAAUGCUAUAUGCAUCAACCUACCUGGCAGCUUCAGCUGCGCAUGCAGACAAGGCUACACUGGAAAUGGCUUCGUGUGUCAAGACAUUGAUGAGUGCAGACUAGGAACACACAACUGUGACGUGAACGCAAUAUGCAUCAACCUACCUGGCAGCUUCAGCUGCGCAUGCAGACAAGGCUACACUGGAAAUGGCGUCGUGUGUCAAGACAUUGAUGAGUGCAGACUAGGAACACACAACUGUGACGUGAAUGCAAUAUGCAUCAACCUACCUGGCAGCUUCAGCUGCGCAUGUAGACAAGGCUACACUGGAAAUGGCGUCGUGUGUCAAGACAUUGAUGAGUGCAGACUAGGAACACACAGUUGUGUCGUGAAUGCUAUAUGCAUCAACCUACCUGGCAGCUACAGCUGUGUAUGCAGACAAGGCUUCACUGGAAACGGCUUCGUCUUGUGUCAAGAUAUAAAUGAGUGUCUAAGUGGAUCAACCAAUUUUUGUGAUUCGAAUGCAAUCUGUACCAACACCAUUGGUAGCUACAGAUGUAACUGCAGACCUGGCUACACAGGAAAUGGAUUCACUUGUAUCGAUAUUAAUGAAUGUAGUAGAGGAUUACACAACUGUGAUGUGAACGCAUUCUGUACAAAUCUUCCCGGAAGCUUUGAGUGCAAUUGUAGGCCUGGGUUUGAAGGGGAUGGAGUCGAAUGCACACCCCUACCCACAAUCUCAAUACCAGUUAUACCAAAUGAGUGCCUCGAUGGGACUCACGACUGUGACAUCAACGCCAUCUGCACGGACACCAUGAGUGGGUUCACAUGCACUUGCAGAACAGGCUACAUUGGAGAUGGAAGAGUUUGUGUAUUACCUAUAACUAUUGGCAACCCAAUCUGUAUGGAGGACCUCCCUAGUGAUGAUGACGAUGAAGACAGCAGUAGCAGCAGCAGCAGUAGCAGUAGCAGCAGUAGCAGCAGCAGUAGCAGCAGCAGUAGCAGCAGUAGCAGCAGCAGCAGCAGCAGCAGUAGCAGUAGCAGUGGGACAACCGGGACAACCGGGAGUAGAACAAAGAGGAGUCAUUCAAGCUCACGUAGAACCAAAACCAGAUCUCGAACUGGAACAGGAACGAGUAACACUAUGGCUGGAGCUGAAGAUCAACCUCGACAAUGUACACCCAUUGUGACACCCCCACCUGUUGUAUGUGACAAUGGUAGCGAGGGAACAUCUCGAAGUAGGUCUCACAGUAGUCGCAGAACAAGCAAGAGACGAGGCCGAAGAAGCAGCAGGUCUCGAUCACAAGCAGCUCAGUGUGACAAUGGUGGUGCUGAUGAUUCAAGCACUGGAACGUCAAGAUCUAGAAGUACGAAAACGGGAACUAAGACGACCAAGGGAAGGGGUUGAUUCUCUCACCAACUCAAUUCAUGAAACUUUUAUACUAGUUUUCUACCCCACAUAAAUUAUUGUGAUACCAUUAUUUUUCAAAAUCAAGAUAAUUAUUCGAAUUAUUAAAUUUGUGCUGCAGUAAUAAUUUUAUAACAACAUGACUUCAUUUUUUGUACAAACAACUUAAAGUGUUAAUUAAUAAGUGUUUUGGAAUGGCA